GGGAACUCAGUGCACUUUGCCUAAAGGAGCCUUGUAUGAUUCUGGAUUAACCAUGAAAGACUUAAUGAACAUUCCACUCGUACAUAUCUUCAUCCUGGCGGCCUUCAGCUUAGCUGAAAAACUUCCAAAAGCUCCCCUUAUCAACACUCCUCUGGAAACCGUGGACGCACUAGUAGAAGAGGUCACUAAAUUCAUGUGUGUAGUGGACUCCUACCCCGAGCCAGAGAUUACCUGGACACGUAACAACAUUCCCAUCAGGCUGUUUGAUACACGAUACAGCAUAGAAGAGAAUGGGCAGCUUCUGACCAUUCGCAGCGUAGAGGACAGCGAUGAUGGAGUAUACUGCUGCUCAGCUGACAAUGGAGUUGGAGUGCCUGCAAGAAGCUGUGGGGCUUUACAGGUGAAAAUGAAACCUAAAAUAACUCGUCCUCCUGUAAAUGUAAAAAUAAUAGAAGGAUUAAAGGCUGUUCUUCCUUGCACUACCAUGGGGAAUCCCAAACCUUCUGUCUCUUGGAUCAAGGGAGAAACUGUUCUAAAGGAAAAUGCUCGGAUUGCUGUUCUGGAAUCAGGGAGUCUAAGGAUCCAUAAUGUUCAAAGAGAAGAUGCAGGACAUUAUCGCUGUGUAGCAAAGAACAGCCUGGGCACAGCCUAUUCGAAACCUGUCACAAUGGAUGUAGAAGUUUUUGCCAGAAUCCUGAAGGCUCCUGAAUCCCACAAUGUCACCUUUGGGUCUGUGGUGACUCUGCGGUGCACGGCAACGGGCAUUCCCAUUCCCACUGUCACGUGGCUUGAAAAUGGAAAAGCUGUUUCUGCAGGAUCUAUAGUCGAAAGCGUGAAAGACAGAGUGAUCGACUCCCGACUGCAAGCGUACGUCACCAGGCCGGGCUUGUUCACUUGCAUUGCCACCAACAAACACAGCAAAACCUUUGGCACCGCAAAAGCUGCAGCGACUAUCAGUGUGUCAGAAUGGAGCAAACUGUACAAGGGUGAUACAGGCUACUGCAGCACGUACAGAGGUGAGGUGUGUAGUGCUAUCUUGGUGAAGGAUGCUCUUGUUUUCUUCAACUCCUCCUAUGCUGACCCAGAGGAGACCCAAGAGCUGCUUGUUCACACUGCCUGGACUGAACUGAAAACGGUGAGUUCAUUCUGCCACCCGGCUGCUGAGUCUCUGCUGUGUAACUACAUCUUCCAGGAGUGCAAUCCCUCAGGAGUUGGACCGGCUCCGAAGCCAGUGUGCAGAGAGCAUUGCCUUGCGGUAAAGGAUCUCUACUGCUUUAAGGAAUGGCUCUCACUGGAGGAGAACUCCCAGAAAGGGAUUUACAAACCAGGAUUAAUGCUGCUCGCUCUACCUGAAUGCAACAGACUUCCCAGCCUGCACCAGAACCCCAAGGCCUGCACCAGGAUUCCAUAUUUCGAUUUUGAGACAGAAAAUACAACCACAACUUGCUACAAAGGCAAUGGCAGGUUCUACCAGGGUUCUGUCAAUGUCACAACCUCAGGCAUUCCUUGCCAGAAGUGGAGUGAACAGGUACCCCAUUUGCACAGAAGGACCCCUCAGGUUUUCCCAGAGCUGUCAAAUGCAGAAAACUCUUGCCGUAAUCCAGGAGGGGAAAAUGAACGUCCCUGGUGCUACACAAAGGACCAUUCUGUAAACUGGGAAUACUGCAGUGUGCCUCUUUGUGGAGAGGUAUCCAUAUCACCAGGAACCAAAAAACCAAGUGUAGAGACUCCCAAUCUCCCUUCCUCUUUCUCCCCUACCUACUCCAUGACUGUCAUCAUUUCCAUCAUCUCCAGCUUUGCAUUGAUAGUGAUUCUCAUUAUCAUUGCUCUCGUUUGCUGCCGAAGGCGAAAACAAUGGAAAAACAAAAAGAGGGAGUCACAAGCACCAGCGCUAACCACUCUUCCAUCAGAGCUCCUAUUGGACAGACUUCAUCCUAACCCCAUGUAUCAGCGCAUACCCCUUCUCCUGAAUCCUAAACUACUCAGCCUGGAAUACCCAAGAAACAAUAUUGAAUACGUGAGAGAUAUUGGAGAAGGAGCGUUUGGAAGGGUCUUUCAAGCAAGGGCUCCUGGAUUGCUUCCUUCUGAGCCAUUCACAAUGGUGGCAGUGAAAAUGCUAAAGGAAGAAGCUUCGGCAGACAUGCAGGCUGAUUUCCAGAGGGAGGCGGCUCUCAUGGCGGAAUUUGAUAACCCAAAUAUCGUCAAACUGUUAGGGGUGUGUGCUGUUGGGAAACCCAUGUGUCUGCUGUUUGAAUACAUGGCUUACGGGGAUCUCAAUGAGUACCUACGCACUCGCUCGCCACACAACCUCUGCAGCCUGAGCCACGGUAACCUUGACGCCAGGAUCAGGCUCUCCAAUCCCAACCCCCUCGCUCUGUGCUGCACCGAUCAGCUUGGUAUCGCCAAGCAGGUGGCUGCGGGCAUGGCGUACCUCUCAGAGCGCAAGUUUGUGCAUCGGGAUUUGGCCACCAGGAAUUGUUUGGUGGGCGAGAAUAGGGUGGUAAAAAUCGCCGACUUUGGCCUCUCGAGGAAUAUCUAUUCAGCAGACUAUUACAAAGCCAAUGAAAACGAUGCCAUUCCCAUACGCUGGAUGCCCCCCGAAUCCAUAUUCUACAACCGCUACACCACCGAGUCCGAUGUGUGGGCCUACGGUGUGGUCCUGUGGGAGAUCUUCUCCUAUGGCAUGCAACCCUAUUAUGGGAUGGCUCACGAGGAGGUGAUUUACUACGUGAGAGAUGGCAACGUCCUCUCCUGCCCCGACGACUGCCCUUUGGAGCUCUACAACCUGAUGCGCCUUUGCUGGAGCAAGCUGCCUUCUGACAGGCCCAGUUUCGCCAGCAUCCAUCGCAUCCUGGAGCGUAUAUACGAGAGGGCAGUGGCUGCUAUCCAUGUCUGAGGCGCGUACUGCAGCAUGACAUUUCAUCCUCAUCCCAUGCCGCUGGCCCACUCCUCAGUCACAACUCCCAAGCUGAACCCAAGGGGAGUUUUCUGAGUGAGGGCUGCAGGGUCGAGACCAGUAUGUUUAAUCUGCUAAACCAAAAAGGUAAAGGGGAGCGACUGUAUGGGCCAGAUGGGACUUUGGGAGUGGUGGCUACAUUAGAGGACGACAGUUUUGCUGAGAGCAGAAGCAUCUUGUUCAUCAAUCAAGGGGGAAGUUCUCAUUUUGUCUUUAAAAACAGGAUUUAGCUUCUGAACUUAGUGAACUAAUUUGCAGUAGAGUCGAGGCCUAGACUCCUCGAAAACCAGUGAGUCCAGUCCUUAUUACUACAAAUUAGUUCAAUAGUUACCGUUUAUGAUUUCUAAGGGCUAGUCUACACUUACCAGCCG